GGAUCAUCACUGAUAAAGAUAAUAUUUCCCAGAGUUGUUUACACUUGUAUGAAUACACAGAGUUGUACAGUCUUCAUUAUGACAUCUAUAAGCAGGUCAUACUGAUAUCGGAAAUUCCAAAGUGGACCCACUGCUAGGAGUAGUUAUUUUCCUCAAUGAUAUUCAGCUGUUCAUAUUUUCAGAUGGAACUUCUAGAGGACUUGGUUUUACUUGUAUAGGAGGAAAAGGUUGUAACUCUCACCAUGGCUGGGGGACCUGCAGGGUCGGACAUCUUAUGUCUACAAAACAGCUUUGCAGACCUCAUGCUGGUGGUGGGUCUGGAUGAGAAUACUGGACUUAUCCCAGAGCUAUCCGGGAUAGAAGGUGAGGGAAUGAUGAAAAAUCUAUUCUAUGGGAAGUUUGAACCCCAAGUGCUGUGUGCAGUGUCCGCCAAUAAUAUGAUGCAUUUCUUCCCUCAUCCUCGACAGGACUUUGAAUAUCCUUUGCAACAGCUGGAAACCAAGCAAAAUCUCUUUCUGAAGUCAGCAAGUGCCUACAAUACACUGGACUGUAUUCCAAAGAGCAAGUUUAAUCGAGCCACCCACCAGUCACGCCUGUCCAUCAGGAGUACCUCAGUCACCCCGGGUGCCAUCAGCAGACACAUGUCUAUGCGGCGGCCAUAUGCCAGUCUGAAGAAGACCACCUAUGUCCAAAAUCUGGCAAGCAGCCAACAGUUUCCUGUUCCUGAUGAGGUCAUCAAGUCCAUUCAGUACUUCUGUUUUCCAGAUGACCUGCAAAUUACAGAACAGAAGGCUGAUACCUCAGUGCACUUUCUGGUUCUGACCGAUAUCCACGGCAACAAGACAUAUGCCACAUGUAUUACUUUCUACCGUCCUUAUAUCAUUGAAAAGGAGUAUGAUGGGUCCCUGAUUCCUCACCUUGAUCUGUCCGGGGACAACUCGGCUGUUGCCCCAGACAGAAUCCGCUGUUACAUUCCUGUGUGUUGUACCCUCAUCUCUAAAUAUGCCUAUUUUGAGACCAUGAAGGAGUCCUUAUCAUAUAUGGUGCAUCUAAUAGAGACAGAGUCGGAGGACAUGUACACAUACAUCAAACUGUUUGCCCACAGGCUGACCAUGACCCCCACACCACCCCCUGGGAGAGUGGCAAUUGAAUUCUGCAUUCAUGACAUGUCAUUUACCAUAAGCCCCUCCCAGGAGGCAGAGAAACAAGUGAUUGACAUUCCAUUGUAUCUCCCCUUCUUAAUUUUUCCACCAGAUGAAAUACUCAGAAUCCUAUCUGCCAUCAUGGUAGAGAAUCGUAUCGUGUUCAUUGCCUCAAACUAUGCCUUGCUAACUGUGAUCAUGGAGAGUUUCCUCAACUUUAUCCUGCCAUUUGAAUGGAAGUACACCUAUGUCCCCAUUCUGUCCAGUAAAUCUCUGGAGCUGCUCGAGGCCCCAGGGACCUUCAUGAUGGGUUGUCACUCCAAGUACAAGGAGGAGGUCAAUCAGGUUGGGGGCUUGGUGGUGGUUGAUAUAGAUGAGGGGUCACUGAGCAUCAAUCCAGAGAUUGCCGACGAUUCACGCUCAGUACGGUCAGGGGACAGCGAUAGUAUUGAGGAUCUUCUUGAUAUUCCUGAAAUCCCAGAGGAAGCAGCCAAGCUAUUUCUUAAUGUCUGUCGUAAAGCCAGAUUCCAGUUUGAUCUUGUUGAUACAAAGAGACCCAGUCAUUUUAACCUGAAUGCAGAACGUUCAUACCGAAGAAGGAAGAUCCAGGCUCUGAAUGACCUGAUUGUGUCAGGUUGUCUGGAGCUGAUGGUUAACCUGUUCAGGAGUGUGGUGACAGAAACUCGAGUAGAAUACAAAAGAUUUAACAAACAGGCUUUUCUGGACUCGAAAUCAGGCUCAGAGAAGAGCUUCUAUGAGAAAGUGAUGAAGACCAGCAUGUUCAAAAAGUUUUUGAAAGAUCGCAUUAAUGAUAAAACAGACUAUUGGGUCAAACUUGAGGUCAAAACUAGGCCACAGGCCAAAUCAACAGAGAGUGGACCAUCAGUUCCUAACAGACGACCACAGUUAAGGAAGCAGUCCUCUGUUGCUGUCAUUGCUCUAAAUACUGGUCAGUUCCAUAACUCCCCAGUGUUCAGGAUGCCUGACCUUGGAGACAAGGUCAUUGUUUACCUGAAGGAGACCAUCAGACUGUUGUCUGUUGCUGUACAGAAGAGCCAGCAUUUCCAGGAGAGGGCCUCCUACAUCUACCUGCUGGGCAUGUUUUACCUGGCCUGUAACAAGCUGACCCUGGCCCUCGAGAACUUUAUCUCCCUGGCCUCAAUUGAUGUCCAGAUCCUACCCAAGCUAGUGGUUACAAAGAUCUGUCAACAGAUGAAAGAGUCAGAGUUACAGGACCUGAUUUCCCGACCUGGUUUCCAGGCCCUCUCCGACUUAAUGGGAGCUCCAGUGUCUGAGUCCAUCCACAGGAAGUUAGAGGAGUCCGUCAAUAUCCCAGAGAAAGAUCUCUAUUAUGAUGAGUUUGUGGAGUGUGUCUCUGUGAUGGAGAUGACCAGUGACACAGAUACUAUAGGUCGCCUGUUCCGAGCCCUGAUACCAUCACAGAUCCACCAAAACUUCAUUGACCAGGAAACAUUUGCUGCAUUUACACAUUGCUGGAAAGAAAACAACAAACAAUGUCUGAAUCUGGGCAUCAGUGACAAAGAUCUCCUCGAGUCAGAAUGUGUCCUCAGAGUGUCCUCACUGUGUAAAACAGACUACGGCACUGGGAGAGUGGCCCUCACAGACAGGCGCCUAUGUUUUGUGAAAGAUAUAUCCAGCGAGAUGAGAGAAAUCACAAGGUUGAGUAAAAUAGUGGAACUGGAAAAGAAAACGAUGUUCUCCUUCCUGAAACAGGUCAAGGUUUUACGGAUCAAAAACACAGGUGGCUCAAGAUUCACAGCCUGGCUCAAAGAAGAGAGGGAUGACUUUUGUUUGUUGAUUGAGGAAAUGUGGGCAGGGAAAGUAGUGUCCGACUCUACUAAAGACAUCCAUGCCAUCCAGAAGGCUGCACAGAAUGUACUGCUGGUAGACGCUCUCUUACAGAGUGGGCUAGAUGAAGAGACAGCUCACCAUGGCAACAGAGAGGAGGCGGCCAGACAGCUGUGUUAUUACAGGAAGUACCGGGAGGAAGGUCAUCACAACGUCCCUGCGGAGACCAAGGAAGUUCUACAGAACCGCAUCGACCCCAACUAUGGAGAGCGGGAGCGCAAGACUGUGCAUGCUCUUCUGUAUACCCCAGGGGUCCCUGAGCACUCAGUCUCCCCUCGCCUGUGGGUGGGGCUAGGAGACGGGAAGAUUAAGGUGUACAACGCCUCCCACUGGCUUCUGGAGUCGGAGUUUGUCCAGACCAAGCAGAGUGUGCAAUUCAGCAGAAAAAAGUAUGAGACCCAUGGCUGUACCUGUCUGGUAGCUGUUGACAAAAAGCAUGUGUGGGCUGGUUCAUAUGGGAUAUUUAUCAUUGACAUCGAGACAAUCCGUAGCAACAAGACACUAAUGGACCACCAAGAAAUUGUUGUGGACAUCGUCUCGAUAGACGAUGGAAGGUACGCUUUCACUGCCAGCAUCAAUGGGAUUAUCAUGAAGUGGGACGUCCAGAAGCUGACCCAGGCCCAGCCACCCAUCCACCUAGAAAAUGUACGCGACCUACGCAGCAUUAAAUACCACCAAGAGCACAUCUGGUGUGGGACCUGGCAGAAGAUUUUGAAGCUGAGUGGGAGUGGCCAGAUCCUGCAAGAGCUACAGUUCACUGUGUCAGAGCCCAAGUUCCAGCCGGCAGAGAUGGAUUGUUUCAUCAUUCUAAAGGCUGAGGGAGAAAAUACGAAGGACAAGAUUUGGGCUGGCUGUAGGAGAGAAGGGGAGAUCUUGGUUUGGGACAUUGAUGGAACGGAACCGUCUCACAGAAUCCAGCUAGACUGCCGGGGGAUAAGUGACAUGGUGGUUCAGGAAAGGAGGAUUUGGGCAGGAUCCAAAGAUGGUCGAAUAUACAUAAUCAACUCAGAUUCCAAGAAAGCCUUUAGAACACUUCUGGCGCAUGAUGAUGCUGUUCGCUCCCUUUGUAAUGCUGAAAAUCGGUACAUACUCAGUGGAUCAGGAAGCAGUGACGGGAAGAUUGCAAUAUGGACGCCAAACGACACUCGCACCGAGUCGGGAACUUACAUUGGAAUUUAAACUUCACUGAUAAUUGCUGAGGUUUUUUUGGCAAGCACUUAUUCAAUGAACCAAAGGGCGUUAGUUUGUAACCAAAUUUUUGUACAAAUUUUAUAUUUUUAUAUUCUUAACCAGAGAUAAAUAUAGGUCUAAAUAGAAGGACAAAUGUUUAGCAUCAAAUUGAAGAGCAUUUCUAAAGAAGGGAUUUUAAGGAAAGUCUUAUUGUGUUUCUAUUCUGAGUUUAUUAACAGAUGAAGUUUCUUGCCAAUUACAUUCAUCUAUCAAUACCAGUCUCAUAAAAUCAAAAUUAUUUUUUUAUAAUAGAAUUAUUUCAGUACAUGUGUAUUUCACAUAUCAUUAUGGGUAGUGUGUGUAUAAAAGUUGAUCCAUGCAUUGAAUUUUAUUUUUUUAAAUGAAUGUAGAUAUUUUUGUAGAAGUUUACAAAUAAUAAAAUCAAUGUUUUGCAUAGAAAAUUGUUUUAUUAAGUCUAGUCUUCCAUUCAAAUGUAAGCUGAUAUCAAACAUUUAUUUUUUCAUUUAACAUGAUCUUUAAUUCCAUUUUGUUGAAGAUGAAAGGUUGAAGAAGAUGUAGAAAACUCUGUAGCAAUAUUUUUUCUCACAAAAACCAAUUAUAAAGUUAUUUUUUUUAUCCAGAUUAUCCACAAAAUAUACUCAGUAUAACAAUAUAUGUAUAUAUCCAGAAAUCCAGAUUGUAUAUUUUUUGAAUGAUUUUUAAAAUGAUUUAGUUGAAAGCAUUCCGUGGUUUACCAGUAAGCAGACUUACAGGUAAACAAACUUUUUGGGUUUUUUUUAUUUGAAUGAUUGACAUGCUAUUUGAUGGAAAAUUGCAGUAUUUAGUAUGAAGUACAUGGAUGAUAGUGUGUUUGUGUGUGUCUGACUAAAGUAAAUAGCAAAGCUUUAUAGAUUUCUUAUAGUUUAUAAAGCUCAAAUUAAUCCAUUUUUUUUACUCUCCAAUUUAAGAAUAGGUAGCUAUUUAAUAACAUCAAUGAAUUUAAAAUCUUAAAUUCAUCAUUAUACCACAUGUAAGUCUGAGAAACAAUGGCUUUAUUCAUUAUAAUUCUACAUUUGUAAACUUAUUUUUUUUUUUUUGCAAUUAUACAAUUGUUAUUUUUCUAGUGCUGUUAAUAAUUUGUUGGAUUGGCAUACCAUUUUAGACUUGUUUACUGGUACUCACGUUAUAGCUCUUUUUUCUCUGUCAGAAAGGUUUUUGUUUCAACUAAGGAAUCAAAACCAAAGGACAAGUUUUCAUAUCAUGAAAGUUAUUAAUGAUUUAGCUAUGUAUAGAAAAGCAAUAAUUUUGGGGGUAUAUGAAAUCCACAUUUAUUUAGAAUUCCACUCUCAUUUAGAUUUAUAAUUUUUUUUUAAGUUAAGUUAAGAUAAAACUUAGAUUUAUAUUAAGAAAUAAAUAGCAGGUUAAAAAUUAAAACCGGGAUAUGAACUUGGUUGGUCACAUAAUCAAAUCCUGUGAAGCCCUUUGGGCUUCUCAGAAGACUUGAUCAUGUACCAACCAAGUUCAUAUCUAGGUGAACAUUUCAACUUUUCUGUUUAUUUACUUUUGAGAAGGGUAAGUCAUUCAGAAUUAUCAACAUAACCAUGUUUUGUAUGUUUACAAUGAUCCAACGGUCAAAUGUUAAGUGUGUGUGGUAAUCAUUGUGACAUCAUGAAAAAAAGAAUAGAAAAAGUUCACACAGAAUUGAACAUUUUAGCUAUUCUGUAGGUUCAUAUAUAUGGAAACAUGUUUGCAAAUGUAGAUAUACAAGCAGAAACAGUAUAAUUAUAAACAUUAUUUACUUGUUAUUGAAACCAAUGAAAGAUCUGCAUAUAAAUUUAAUAUGCCUACUUUCCUUUCUUUCAUACAUCAUUGUGAAUUAUAAUUUCAGUCUAUCAGUUUUUGUUACAAAUAUUCUUUGCCUCUUGCCAUUUUUUUUACUUAUGGUACAUGUAAUAUGUCACUUUAAUCCUUUAUCAUUUUUGUCAUAUCUAAUAUUAUAUAUUUAUAUAAAUGACACCCUAGUUGAUAUAGAAAAGUGUAUGUUAUAUUUUAUUAUUUCAAUGAAAUAUAAAAAAAAACACUUUAAUAAAAUUAAGUAUGUCUUUGAAUCUAUAUUAACAGGUCCUAUCACAGCUAGGGGACAUAACCAUGUACCGGUAAUGAAUACUAUUGAUAUACAUGUGUACAUGUAUAUAUUUCAUUGUUUCUGAAUUAUAUAACUGGGGUUGGAGUUUACUUUACACUUUUAUUUCUUUUUAAAGAUAGUUUUGAUAUUUACAUGCAUUAUAUUUAUUUCUGUUUGUUAUUUUUAUUGUCUGUUGAUAAAAAUAAUCGUUAUCUUUAUUUAAAUGCCCAUUAUUUGUUUACCUAUUUGUCCAAUAUUGAAAUCCUAUGGCCAGACUUUCAUAUGCUUACUAUAUAUAGUUUAACUCAAUAAACAUUUCUUAUUUAACGCAUUUCACAAAUCAGAUGAAAAACUUUCGAGUUUUUGGAGACGUAAUUAAAAAUAAGUUGAUUAAAAAUGUAUUGACACGAUUUGACAGAAAAAUUUGAAAGAAGCAAUCUGAAUGGUACUGGAAUUAUUCUUGAUAAUGAGAUAAAUUAAGCGAGUCAGCAUAUGAUAAGUAAGGGUAUGCGAGACUGGCCAAUCAUGUAUGUCCAAAAUUGAAGCAAUUGAGAUGCCUUUUUCAUGUUUCAGUUUCCUUUUUCCAAUUAAGUCUAGCUAAUGAUUCAAUCAAGCAAUGAUUAAAAGUUUUAUGACUCAUUUUAUAUAUGAUCUGUGAUAUUAUAUUAUUAAUUAAAAUUGAUUGAAAUAUCA